GGGGUACAUGCCCUUCAAGGGAAUCGAACCCAGGACGCUUCUGUCCACAGGCGGUCGCUCUAUCCACUGAGCCAAACAGGCCAGGGCAGCCAUAUGGACCUUUGUACUUGUUCUCUGCCUGAAACACUUGCAUUCCCUCCCUCCAUCACAUCACAUUUGCUUGAGGAACCCCGUGUAUGUUUCUGCUCUUACUAAACACUCCACAGUUUUCCUAUUAGUGUCCCUUUUGCAUGUGUCACUUCCUAAAAAAAAAAAGUCAUAUCCUUUGCAGUUGCUUGUUGACUGUUUUUUUCCAUACCCAGGGCCUGGAACUGUCCACCCUGCAGAUUUAUGCUUUCUAAUUACUACGCCCUAUCGAGAAAAGCUAAACCGUUUCAGGAUUACUUAGCAAAUUAGAAGAUGUGGAUCGGAAAGGAAUGGUAGAGGUGAAAUACGGAGUUGCUGGAACCAUAGCUUCUUGUUAAGGAUUUUUGUUUUCUUCCCUGGAAAUAUCGCUUGUAUUACCCUUCCUGCCUGUGACUAAGCUGUGUGGACCAGCGGGAGUCUGCCCCUCGAGAUAGACAGAUCCUGGUUUGCAUCCUGGCUCUGCCACUUCAAAGUUGCUUAACUGCUCUAAGCAUCAGUCGACUGAACUAUGAAGUGGGAAUCAUUAUGCCUCAGCAUGGAAGGACUGACCAGAAAUACUUAAUAAAAGUAUCCAUGGAUAACACUGAUGACUCAGUGGAUUCAAAGUCCAUCAAGAAUUCGGACAUAAAGCCCUUCCAUGGCAGCAAAUCCAUGGACUCUGGGAUAUCCUUGGACGAUACUUACAAGAUGGAUUAUCCUGAAAUGGGCUUAUGCAUCAUAAUCAAUAAUAAGAACUUUGAUAAAAGCACUGGAAUGGCAUCUCGGUCGGGUACAGAUGUUGAUGCAGCAAACCUCAGGGAAACAUUCACAAAAUUGAAAUACGAAGUCAGGAACAAAAAUGAUCUUACCCGCGAGGAAAUUGUGGAACUGAUGUGCAGCGUUUCUAAAGAAGAUCAUAGCAAAAGGAGCAGUUUUGUUUGCGUGCUUCUAAGCCAUGGUGACGAAGGAAUAAUUUUUGGAACAAAUGGACCUGUUGACCUGAGAAAAUUAACAAUUUUUUUCCGAGGGGAUUACUGUAGAAGUCUAGCUGGAAAGCCCAAACUUUUCAUUAUUCAGGCCUGCCGAGGAACAGAACUGGACUGCGGUAUUGAGACUGACAGCAAUAUUGAUGAUGACAUGGCAUGUCAGAAAAUACCAGUGGAGGCAGACUUCUUGUAUGCAUAUUCUACAGCACCUGGUUACUACUCCUGGCGAAAUUCAAAGGAUGGAUCCUGGUUCAUCCAGUCGCUUUGUGCGAUGCUGAAGCUGUACUCGCACAAGCUGGAGCUCAUGCACAUCCUCACUCGGGUUAACCGGAAGGUAGCCACAGAAUUUGAGUCCUUCUCCUUUGACUCUACUUUUCACGCAAAGAAACAGAUUCCAUGCAUUGUGUCUAUGCUCACAAAAGAACUGUAUUUUUAUCACUAAAGAAAUGUAUGAUUUUUCCUUUUUAAUUUGUUUCCCAAGUGAGG